CUUCCUGCCACCGCCGCCUCUGGAGGAGCCGGUCCACCGCGGGUCACCAUGCCCAGCAAAACCAAGUACAACCUUGUGGACGAUGGGCACGACCUGCGGAUCCCUUUGCACAACGAGGACGCCUUCCAGCACGGCAUCUGCUUCGAGGCCAAGUAUGUCGGAAGCCUGGACGUGCCGAGGCCCAACAGCAGAGUGGAGAUUGUGGCUGCCAUGCGUCGGAUCCGGUAUGAGUUUAAAGCCAAAAACAUCAAGAAGAAGAAGGUGAGCAUUAUGGUUUCAGUGGAUGGAGUGAAAGUGAUUCUGAAGAAGAAGAAAAAGAAAAAGGAGUGGACGUGGGAUGAGAGCAAGAUGCUGGUGAUGCAGGACCCUAUCUACAGGAUCUUCUACGUCUCUCACGAUUCCCAAGACUUGAAGAUCUUCAGCUAUAUUGCUCGAGAUGGUGCCAGCAAUAUAUUCAGGUGUAACGUCUUUAAAUCCAAGAAGAAGAGCCAAGCUAUGCGAAUAGUCCGGACGGUGGGGCAGGCCUUCGAGGUCUGCCACAAGCUGAGCCUACAGCACACGCAGCAGAAUGCCGACGGCCAGGAAGACGGGGAGAGUGAGAGGAACAGCAACAGCUCGGGGGACCCAGGCCGCCAGCUCACUGGAGCCGAGAGGGCCUCCACGGCCACCGCAGAGGAGACGGACAUCGACGCGGUUGAGGCCCCGCUCCCAGGGAAUGAUGCCCUGGAAUUCAGCCGAGGUGUGACUGACCUCGACGCGGUAGGGAAGGAAGGAGGCUCCCACACAGACUCCAAGGUCUCACCCCACCCUCAGGAGCCCAUGCUGACAGCCUCGCCCAGGAUGCUCCUUCCGUCUUCUUCCUCGAAGCCCCCGGGCUUGGGCGCAGGCACGCCGCUGUCCACCCAGCACCAGAUGCAGCUCCUCCAGCAGCUCCUCCAGCAGCAGCAGCAACAGACACAAGUGGCUGUGGCCCAGGUUCACUUGCUGAAGGACCAGCUGGCUGCUGAGGCUGCUGCGCGGCUGGAGGCCCAGGCUCGCGUGCACCAGCUCCUGCUGCAGAACAAGGACAUGCUUCAGCACAUCUCUCUGCUGGUGAAGCAGGUGCAGGAGCUGGAGCUGAAGCUGUCGGGACAGAACGCCAUGGGCUCCCAGGAUAGCUUGCUGGAGAUCACCUUCCGCUCUGGAGCUCUUCCCGUGCUCUGUGACCCCACGACCCCGAAGCCAGAGGACCUGCAUUCGCCGCCCCUGGGCGCGGGCUUGGCCGACUUCGCCCACCCAGUGGGCAGCCCCUUAGGUAGGCGCGACUGCUUGGUGAAGCUGGAGUGCUUCCGCUUUCUCCCGCCCGAGGACACCCCGCCCCCUGCUCAGAGUGAGCCGCUCCUGGGCAGCCUGGAGCUCAUCAAGUUCCGAGAGUCGGGCAUCGCCUCGGAGUACGAAUCCAACACGGACGAGAGCGAGGAACGUGACUCGUGGUCCCAGGAGGAGCUGCCCCGCCUGCGGAACGUCCUGCAGAGGCAGGAGCUGGGCGACAGCCUGGACGAUGAGAUCGCCGUCAUGUUUGAGAACUUGAACACAGCCCUCACUCCAAAGCUCCAGUCAAGCCGCUCCUUCCCCCACUUGUCCAGGCCUGCGGCCCCCAGCUCUGCCACCCUGGGGUCUGUGGAGCCCGGAGGGCCUGGACUCUGGGUGGGCAGCAGCCAGCACCUCAAGAACCUGGGCAAAGCCAUGGGGGCCAAAGUUAACGACUUCCUGCGGAGAAAAGAGCCCUCGAGCCUGGGCAGCAUGGGCACGAUGGAGGUCAACAAGACUGCAGGGGCCCAGCUGGCCGGCGGGGCUGACGUGGAUGACGGAAGGUCAGCCCUGCAAGAAGCAUUCCCUCGGCUGGAUCCCCCGCCUCCUACCAUCAGGAAGCGAACCCCUCGGGCCCUGAAGACCACCCAGGACAUGCUGAUUUCAUCGCAGCCAGUCCUAAGCAGUCUAGAGUAUGGGACAGAGCUGUCACCUGGGCAGCCCCAGGACUCCCCUCCCACUGCUCAGCCCAGCCCAGCAGAUGCUUCACAGCCAGAGGCCAUCAUGGAAAUGGUGGACAGGGGCGAGGCUGUGCCCAAUGGAGAGGUUUCCCUGUCGGUACCUGACCUAAUCCACAAGGACAACCAGGACGAACCGAAGCUAAAGGCGACUGAGUGCCGAAGGGCCUCCUCCCCUGGCCUCAUCGAGAGAAAUGGCCUCAAACUCAGCCUGAGCCCCAUCAGCCUGGCCGAGUCUCUGGAGGACAGCAGCCCGCCUCCUCGGGCACGGACCUCCAGCCUUGACAUUGAGGGCCCUCACCCAGACCUGCUGUCCUUUGAGUAGAGCUUCUUCUGGCCCUGCUGAGCACCCCUUCCCCUCUGCUUGCUCCUCCACCGUGCACCCUGGCCCUUGCCCCAGCUCCACCCUGCUGUUUGUUCUGCUUGCACAAGGCUCAGCGGAGCCAAUUCUUCCACACGGGCUGCUGCAGGGCCAAAAGUCCAUGCGCACUCCUAGUUCAAGAGUCCGUCCGUGGAAUGGUAGAAGAACUCGGGUGCCAUCCCAGCUCCUCGGCAUGCUGGCUGCAGCCCGUGGAUACUAGGGCGCCUCUGCCCCGAGUUGCCCUGGCUUCCCACUGACCUGCUGCCAGGCCAGCAGCGCAGGAUGAAGGGUAUUCUCUCUGCCUGGCUCCCACAUGCUGCCUGCUCUUCUUCCUCCCAUGCCCUCCUGGUUCCUUUCUUCUCCCCCCUGGGGGCCAGAGGCCUCCUGCCUCCGGGGGAAUCAGGCUGGAUGAGGGAUGAUGGGUUUGGCUCGAUGAUGGGCCCAGGCCCAGAAAGCCGCACGCCCUGAGCACAGCCCAGCCACAGCUCCUCCUGCGCCCAAGACAGCACAGGCCUCGGGUUGUUACCUCGCCUCUGCCCGUGUAGGUGCAAGCCGGGGGCAAUGCUUACCGGACCUGAGACCUCGGGCAGGCUUGUCGACACCCCGGGUUCACAGGGUGUGUCUCAUCUAGCCUGAGGCAGGGCACGGAGCCAGCCACCGAGAGCACCUGCCCAGCAUGGGAGUGUGGAGAGGCACUGGGCAAGAUGAUGCAGCCAGCUACGCUUGGGCCCCCUGCACAGAAGAAGAGACCCGGGCUUCCCUUGCUGUGCGUGAGGACAGGGCUAGGCAGUCCCUGGCAGAAGCAGCAGAGCAAGUUCUGAUCUUGUUUGGCGGGGAGGGCCCGGGAACCUGGCAUCCAGGGAGCUGGUCCCGAGAGAACCCAGAGCAAGCAGUGGGGAAGGCAGUGAAAACGGGAUGGGGAAGGAGUAGUCGUAAGGGCUUAGAGCAGCUUUUCGGGGUUUCCACAGCGUGAUGUGAUGUAGUUCUAGGGUCUAGGCGUGGUAAGUACAAGAAGCAAGGUGUGGAGUGUGAGAGGUUGGAAUGUGGUAGGAACCGUGGAGCAGGCCGCGCUGAAGUAGGAGGCGCUCCGCUCUUGUAGAGAAGGUGCUGUCUACCUGCCUGCCUCUGGGGUCUCUGUGAAGGCCUGACAGUUCACACAGCCCCACUGGUUCUGCCCUCCUGGGUUAACCCACGUCUGUGUUCCUGUCUCCCAUCAGGGGUCCUGUCAUGCUGUUUUCCUGUGGCCAGGAGACCCUGUCGGGGGGCGAUCCCAACCCUGGGGGCCUUUGCAGCAAGAAGAGAACAUGGCUUUUUUUGAGCAAGGUGGCUGGGUCCCCGGGACAAGGCUGGGAGUGGCACAUCUGGCCAGAGUGGGCUGUUCAGUUCUCCUGUGACUCCUGCCGCCUCCCCUUUUCUAUUCUUUGUUCGGCUUCCCACUCUGGGUGCCCCAGAGCUCACUGCCCACUUCAUCUCAUCACCCAGUUCCUGCUCCCCUCCCUACCACCUCUGCCUUAUAAAAUGUCCAAGCUAACUCCGGCAGACCAGGGAGCCUCGGGGGACCACCAGGACGCAGGUGCCCUUCCCGCCUCCUUGCUUCUGCAGCCGGGGGCCUUGCCGCAGCUCUCCCGCCGCCUUUUCUCCUACCCUGUGUUCUCAGAGUGAAGCUUUGUCUCAUCUUCCUCAGGAGGGUCCAGGCACGCCAGGCACCUUGCAGGCCGUGGUGAAGUGAGGAAGGCUGUUACUGAACUGAGUCGAUCGUGACUGACUCCAGGAAUGUCACAGAGAUGUUGCUAUCUGACCCUGAUGCUCAGAAGUUCUCGGGACUAGCAUUUGGGGGCCUGUGAGUUUUCCCAGAAUGGCUUGGGGUUCUGCACAAAACACAGAGCUGGGGGGCAGAGAACUAAACCCACGUGCUGGCAGCUAGCCCACUCUCAUCUGCGCUUCCAUCCCAGAAGCUCGGUUUGCUUCUCUGACGGGAAACCUAACCAGGUUCCUGCACCCUGGGGCUGCUCCUCUCCCAGAGACCAGGGUGGCUCUGGCCAGGUGAUAUUGUAGCCAUAGGUGCAGAGGUGGCAGGCCUGGGCUGGCUUAAGCAAGCUGCUCUCCGCUCCACCCCCAGCCGCUGCUGAGGUCCUGGCCCUCCGACCCAGGGUUAGCCCAGGGAUCCUAUCAGGCUGUCCCGGGACCAUGGCCAGGGUGAUCCUAGUGUUCCUCCCAUUCGUGUCUAGUACCAAAUAAGGGGCUGUGGGACCCUGCUCCAAUGUCUGGGUGGCCUCUCCGCGAUCUCCAUCUCAGCCAUCCUUCUACAGGAGGGGUGAUGCUGCUACCGGGGUGGGGGAGCUCUCUGAGGCUAAAAUCAGGUCCUAGAUGUGACAGAGAGUGCCUGGUGCUAGGGCUAAGUGUUGCCCAGAGGCCAGUGGGAACAGCGACUUCUGUCCUGCUGAGGGCCCCGGCUCAGACCAGCUCGCUAGGCAAAGCCCCACUUGACUUCCCGUGUCCAUCUCAACAUCCUGACCUGCCCAUGACUGUAGCAUGGCAGUCA